ACUUCUAGUGCUGGAACCGCAGUUUUGAUUUAACUUUCCAUGCGAAAUAUUAGUUUUACGAGAAAAUCGGAAGAAAUAAUGGUAAAGCUGCCCUUUUUAGUUGGAGUGAUUUUGGCUGUAGUGGCUCACAGCCAAGCAUCGCACACACGAUCCCAGGAAAGAAUUUUGCACCAAGUGUACGACGAUUGCAGCAACGAUUUGGACAUCCCGUUGGGCAGGCACUACUUCGAGCGAGGCUUUCUGGGCGGCCUCACCGACAAGGAUCCGAAGGCGGUUCCGUUCAUAUACUGCGUAAUGGAACGCAUGGAGUUUGUCAACUGCGCGGGCAAGAUCGGCAAGCAGGCGCUCGUCGAUUUUUUCACCGACGGACACGACGUCCAGUCACUACCGGGUGUUGUCGACGAGUGUGAUGAAAAGAAAAAGGGGGCCACGGUGGCGGAGCGGUCCUUUAGCUUUUACAGGUGCUUUUUCGAGCAGAAAAAGUUUGUGAUUUGAGGGGGUUCGGUAGUGCUACUCGGUUAUGGGAUGGUGAGUGGAGAGGUAAUGAAUUUUCAAUCCAUUCAAUUCAGAAAUACAUUAUAAUUUAUGGUUAUGGA